AUGUUUACUUCACUGAUUAUAUUUGCUCUAGUAGUCGUUGUUAGCAUUCAUUGUCAACUCGGAGGCUUACUUGGUGGCGGAGGAUACGGCAAUCAAGGAGGUUUACUAGGUGGCGGAGGAUACGGCAAUCAAGGUUUUGGUAAUCAAGGAUAUGGUGGAGGAUAUGGUAAUCAGGGUAUGUAUGGCAACCAAGGUGGAUUCGGUGGAGGAUAUGGAAAUAGAGGAGGAGGAUUACUUGGAGGAGGAGGAUGUAAUGAUUUAUGUUUUUGCUAG